UUGAACCAAGUAAUCAACAUUGAAAUGAAGUCGUUCUUUGAAACCAUAUCCAAAACCGAGCUUCACUUUUCCGAAAAGCUCAACGAUCGUGAUUUCAUCCAUUUGUAUGAUUUUCAAAAGUUUUUCAUCCAUCGAUCAAUAAGACGCAUAACGGAACUGGUGAAAGUUAAACAAUACCAUUAUUGGAAUGUAAAGAGGGAAAUAGCAGCUUGGCAAAAGUUGAAUUUAAACUUGGAUGAUUUAUCAUACGAAAUGAUCGAUUUGAUCAUGACAAACCCAUGCAAAUCUAAAGACUUAUGUGCGGUUGUACGAAAAAUUAGCAAAUACAUUUGCGUUCAACUCAGUCAAGACCUUGACAAAGAAAAUAUCAAUCCCAAGGAAGACAGCUCAAGUGAGACUGAAUCAGAAUCUGAUGAGGAAUAUUGAACA